GCGGAGCAUGUGACAGCUAGAAGGAGAAGUGAAUAGUAAACGCUGUCUGUCUGUCCGGCGUCAGUUCCGGGUUCUGUUUUCAUUACUGCUGUGUUGUCCUCGUCUUAUGUUGUAGGGAAAAAAAUAACUUUCGCCCACUUUCGGCAAUCAUGGCUCUCCUAAUGGAGCACCAGUUCCGGCAACUUCCAGCCGACAAACAAGUGGAAACCCGGGCGUUUCUCGAGGCGGUGUCUCACCUUCCUCCUUUCUUCGAUUGCCUCGGCUCUGCUAUUUUUUCCCCAAUCAAAGCUGAUAUCGCGGGUAACAUCACUAAAAUCAAGGCCGUGUAUGACAGCAAUCCUACCAGGUUUAAAACCCUGCAGCACAUUUUGGAAGCAGAAAAGGAGAUGCAUGGAACCGAGUGGCCAAAAGUAGGAGCAACACUUGCCCUCAUGUGGCUGAAAAGGGGGCUACGCUUUAUCCAGGUUCUUCUCCAGAGUCUAGUGGAUGGGGAUAAAGAUGAAAACAACCCUAACCUCAUCAGAGUCAACGUCACCAAAGCGUAUGAAAUGGCAUUGAAGAAGUAUCAUGGCUGGUUUGUCCAGAAGAUCUUUAAAGCAGCACUGUAUGCCGCUCCAUACAGAUCUGAUUUUCUCAAAGCUCUUUCUAAAGGGCAAGAGGUCAAGGAGGAAGAAUGUUUGGACAAAGUGCGGCAGUUCCUAGUAAACUUCACAGCUACUAUUGAUGCCAUCUAUGAAAUGUACACCAAGAAGAAUGCCGAGCUGGACUACACUGUGUGAUCUCACAUUCACACACGAGCAGACUUCAGAUCUCAUCUACUGCUGUCCCACUGGAUCACUGUUGCCUCCCUGCAGACACGUCC